GUUAAUUCACACGUCUUUUACAUUCAAAAGUCAUACUCCUUCAGUGUCAUGUAUUGUGAAGAGAGUUUUGUGUAAAAAAGAAAAUCCGAAUAAAAAUGCGCUUCAAGUUAAAAUAGAAUUGAACCGUGUAUCCGUGUUUAAUUUGCACAAAAUCGUAAAAUUUCUUUUAGUUCUAGCUUCACCAUUUUCAAAUUCAUACGAAAUUCUUAGAUAAAUUGUUUCAAUUUCCUUAAAAAAAUAUGUUACAAAAAUACUUAGUAUUUACAAAUUACACAAAUCGGAUGGCCAUGCUCCGAUGUUAUCGAGAUUUUGAUAAGCUCGUUACAAGGAAUUCACUCACCAAAUACCAAUCGACUUUAUUCAAUCAAAGUAGACGAUAUCAAAGCGUUUAUUUAGCCACCCGAAUUGAAUCACAUUUGAAUUCACGAUGUAUUAAUUUAUCAAAAUUGCGUGGUUUAAUCGGCCGACGAAAUUUGUGUACAAAACCAACGAAAAAAAGUGAUCACAACUGGUCAUUGAUACGAAAACAACAUCGAGAAUCAAAACAAGAGAUAAAACGACUGUUUUCGAUGGCCAAAAAUGAAAAAUGGUAUCUAAUUGCGGGAGUUGCUUGUUUGAUUGUGUCGUCAGCGGUUACCUUAGGUGUUCCACGGGCCAUUGGCAAGCUCAUGGACAUGAUUGUUAUGGAUGAAUUUCCAAAAGAGAAACUACACACAUUUUGUGUCGUAUUGUUCGGAAUAUUUGUUGUGGGUGGUUUAGCCAAUUUCGGUCGAAUUUAUCUAAUGAACAAUGCAACUCUUCGAAUUGUAAAAGAUUUGCGAUCGCGUGUGUAUCGCACAAUGUUGAAUCAAGAGCCGGGCUGGUAUGAUACAAAAGGCACAGGAGAACUUAUAAAUCGGCUAUCAAAUGACACAACACUUGUCGGCAACUCCCUCAGUCAAAAUCUAUCGGAUGGCCUGAGAUCAAUCAUAACAAUAGCGGCAGGAACAUCUAUGAUGGUUUAUACAUCCCCUCAAUUGUCACUUGUUGCCGUGUGUGUUGUCCCGUUUAUCGGUGGCCUGGCCAUUCUUUUCGGGACGUAUGUCAAGAACAUCACAAAAUUAUUGCUCGACAAAUUGGCUGAAGUGAUGAAAAUCGGAGAGGAACGAUUGAACAAUGUAAAAACAGUGAAAAUGUUUUGCAAAGAAGAUCUAGAAAAUCGUUUGUUCACAAAAGAGUUGGUGAACGCUUUGGACCUAGGAUACAAAGAUAUUUUUGCCAGAGCCUCAUUUUAUGGAAUAGCCGGUUUAUCAGGCAACAUAAUUAUCAUUUCGGUGAUCUACUACGGGGGGUCCCUGGUGGCGUCAAACGCAUUGACUAUCGGAGAUUUAACAUCGUUUGUAUUCUACGCUGGCUAUACGGGGAUGGCAAUGACAGGACUCACGAAAUUUUAUACGGAACUCAAUAAAGGCGUCGGAGCGGCCACACGAAUUUGGGAAAUUUUCGACAGACAAAUUGCAAUACCAGUUGAUACCGGCAUCAUACCAAAAGAACCGCUAAAAGGUUCAAUUCAAUUGAAAGACGUUUGUUUCACAUUUCCGGCUCGACCGAAUGUAACAAUAUUGAAAGAUGUGAAUUUGAACAUUGAAUCAAACACAGUGACUGCCAUUGUGGGAAGAAGUGGCAGUGGAAAGUCUACCAUUGCAUCACUUUUGGUACGUUUUUAUGAUCCACAAUCGGGCGGUGUUUAUAUUGACGGUGUUGAUAUAAAACAAUUGAAUUUAAAAUGGCUUCGAAAUCACAUAGCAGCUGUUAGUCAAGAACCAAUUUUGUUCAGUGGUACUAUUCGUGAUAAUAUUUUGUACGGUUUGAAGUCGGAUGAUAACGAGAAUUUAGCUAACGAAUACUUCGAUCGCGUCGUUAAACAAAGCUAUGUCGAUGAUUUCGUAAAAACACUUCCAGACGGCUAUAAUACACUUGUCGGUCAAAGAGGUUUAACUUUAUCGGGUGGACAGCGCCAGCGAGUGGCCAUAGCAAGGGCCUUGAUUAGGAAUCCAAAAAUUUUGAUACUUGACGAAGCGACAAGUGCACUUGAUAGCGUUUCAGAGGCAGCAAUUCACAAAUCACUACAAACCAUUUCCCAAGAUCGAACGGUAUUAACGAUAGCCCACCGUCUUAGUACAAUACGCAAUGCACAAAAAAUUAUUGUUGUCGGCGAUGCAAAAAUCCUUGAACAGGGAUCAUACGACGAAUUAAUGGCAGACAGCAAAAGCAUUUUCCGAGAUUUGGUGAAACAGCAAACAUUUGAAACAGCACCAUCUAGCCAUAUCUUUUUAACUGAGUAAACGAAUUUCGCAGAGGAAAACUAUGUUUUCAAAAAAAUGGAAUUGUGUUUUUUUAUAAAAUGAAAAAGCUAUUUUAUUCGGGGUUGUUGAAUAUAUUGAUUAUUAUUUGUUAAAAUUGAAGAUGUUUUAGUGUAAUUCCAAAGUUAUAAACUUUUCGGAAGGACAAGUUAAAAUAAAACUACCAUUGAAAGCUACA